GGGAUCGCUUUUAGUAACUAGCGGUGACUAGAACAAGGUAAUCAACCACAGAUUCCGGUUAUCAGUUUUCUGAAGCCCGUGGACUUAAUUCUUAGCUCCUCAAACAGCUCCAAACAACAUCGUGUCUGCUAUGGGCUGAAGACGGAAUGAAAGCUAGCUAGCAAGCCGUGCGUUUAGCGGUCUGCCACAAACGAAUUCUGACUGCUCUUCUCCCUCGAGUUUUGGUAUCAGCCCACUUCAGAACAACACAUAGGAACAAGUGGUCCUGCUUUCAGCUGUUCAGAGCCUGAAAUGGGCCGUGGAAAGUGGACCGCUCACUUCGCCCUAAUCGUGCUGUUUAGGAUCAAUCUUGCCCUGGCUAACUGGAUGUAUCUAGGAAUGUUAGGGGCGUCGAUGCCCUCCGAAGGUCCCAAGAAUUAUGACAUUCCAAGAUCUGACGAGCCUGCUAACUACGGCACGUCUAUCUGUUCCAGCGUCCCUGGGCUGGUGACCAAGCAGAAGAACGUGUGUGAAGAACAACCAUCCUCCAUGAACGCUGUUAUCGUUGGAAUCAGGCGUGGCAUCUUGGAGUGUCAGCAGCAGUUCCAAAGUGAACGAUGGAACUGCACGCCUGAGGGAGAUGACAAUGUAUUUGGAUACACAUUAACUAGAGGCAGUAGAGAAACAGCUUUUAUCCAUGGCAUCCUGAGCGCAGGUGUUGUCCAUGGUCUGACCGAAGCUUGUAGUGCGGGAAACCUAACAAUGUGUUCCUGUGACCGCUCUCAAGAAGGUUUGUCCACACCCGAGGGCUGGAAGUGGGGUGGCUGCUCUGACAACGUUCAAUUUGCAACCAUGUUUGCCAGGCAUUUUGUGGACGCUCCAGAGAAGGAAUCUCGUAAAAGUAGCAGAAAGCGAGAUGUUCGAGAUAUGAUGAACCUACACAAUAACAACGCUGGCCGACUUGCAAUAUCGCGUUAUAUGCAAAGGAAGUGUCGGUGUCACGGGGUCUCUGGAUCAUGUGAGCUGAAAACAUGUUGGAAGAAGUUACCAUCUUUUGUGGAAGUUGGAAAUUAUCUCAAAAGGAAAUACGACGAGUCUGUUCUAAUCUCCUUGAAACCGAGGAAAAGACUAAGGCGACGGGGAAAGCGAAAGGUGCCUGUGAGGAAGGACGACUUAGUGUACAUCAACAAGUCUCCGAAUUAUUGUAUAGAAGAUCCAGCCAAUGGAAUCUUUGGAACAAGUGGCAGGCUUUGCAAUAAAACGUCAACAGGUCCAGAUGGCUGCAACCUGCUCUGCUGUGGACGAGGUUACAACACCCAGGUGGUUACACACGUGAAUCGAUGUCACUGCAAAUUCCACUGGUGUUGUUACGUCACGUGCCGCAAGUGCACGACUGAAUUAGAAAUCUAUACUUGUAAAUGAAAACAGGAACUUGGUGCCUGCAGUUUGUGUCAGGCAGUGUAUUGGUGUACAGGCAAAGUAUUACCGGUUUCGUUAGAUCAGCUACAAACUGCACCUCAGUCUGUAAUACGGGUUAGACAGCACACCUUUUCGUUUGGACAAGUUCAGAGAACUGUCUAAAGGUUUCUCUAGAUCAGCUAACCACUGCACAUCAGGCUGGAAAACGGGUUAGACAGCACACCUUUUUAUGUUUACAAGUUCAGGGAACUGUCUAAAGGUUUUUCUAGAUCAGCUAACCACUGCACCUCAGGUUGUAAAAUGGGUUAGAAAGCACACCUUUUCGUUUGGACAAGCUCAGAGAACUGUCAAUACAAGAAACCAUCUCCCUAUUUUUCUGUCCUGUUUAUUUGGAUAAACAAGAUUUGCGGAAAGUUUUCAGUGUACGGCCAGGAAAAAGGCACCAAUUAAUAUUUAGUGUACACAGUGUUCAUCCUUAUAAAAUCCAAAAAGUUGAAAAGGAAUUGUUUCACCCCACAAUUCUGUACCUUUGCUGUUGUAUCAAAAAACUGUGAUAUAAACGAAGGAAGAUACAAACCAAAACAGGAACUUCCAAUAACACUGGCACCUUUCACGAAUUUUAUUUGCUGGGUAAAAAACAUCUUGUGAAAAAUAGGAAAAUAUUUUCUUCAGAACGCUAAAUUGCCAAAGAAGUUUCAAAUAACACUUAGUGAUCAUUUUGAGGGUGUGAUUGCUAGAAAGAAGCGAGUUAAAUACCGCAUUUUGUAAUUAUAAAUUAGUUUUCUGUAUAAAAAAAGAAAUAUUCAAAUUUAGAAUAUCAUUAAAUUUCUUGAAUCAUUCUUGUUAUUUUUCAAAGAAAAACCAAAGAUAGAUAUGUGAAACGAAUUAGUUUUUUAUCAAAUAUUUAAAAAAAUACCAACAAACACGGGAAUAAGGUUAAUCUGUAUUUAUGAAGCAUAAUUCUAGUAAUAUUGAAAUUGCCAAACAGCUUUAAACUCUAAAAAAGAAUUUAUAUUUUACACUGAUUCAAACAGAAAAAGGCCUAAGCCCUUGAUUAAUCUCUCCCUAAAUAAUAAUGAUUAACUGUUGACGAUGGCGUACCAAGAACGACAUUAUGUUGGUUCAUCCACAGUUCUUAAUAAAUAAAAUAAGAUAAAAAAUUGGAUUUUUUUAUUGUUUCGUAACAAUGACCGUUAGUAAAACAAUUAAUGUUAACUGAUGAUAGAAGUGGACAAUAGUUUCUGGACAUUGAUGUAAGUGUAAACAAAAUUUGAGCGGCUAGUGUAAAAACAGCAUUUUUUUUCACAGAUUAAAAAUAUACACAUUAGGUUUUCUGAACGAUGGAUGAUAGUUUAUUGGCUGAUUUAGAAGUGACGACAGUUAACUGACUGAAAAUGUUUUAGUUUAUUUUGAUACAAUUAUAGUUUGAGCGCCUAUUGAAUGUUUCUUUAAUUAUUUUCGAAAUAGGAUUGUAUAAAGCAUAUUUAUUAGUAACUUUUAACGGCAUCUUUGCUAAUUUGUUUUAGUGGAUAAGUAACAUAAGUUCCAAAAAUAAGAGAUUUGCACAGUGCAAUUUCAUUAUGUUCCAGAAAAGUUUAUAUACACUGAUCAGUCGUCAUCUUGUCUUAAAAUGUAAAAAUACAUAUUCUGUAAAAGUCUAAACUCUGGGCAACACCAAAAGACAACAUUGUUUCUUUUUGGUACUAAACGAGACGUUCAUAGUUUGUGAGCAGCAUGCUAGACACAUGGAAUUGACUUAAUUUUUAAAGAUAGAAUGAAACUACUGUUAUACAGGUCUCUAUAAUCUCUGAAAUACUGUGGUGUUCAGGUAAAUCUAAGCUUGAUACGGAUAUCGCAGCGAUAUAGUUCAGGAAAUCCUAAAACAUGACACAUUCUGAAAACCGUUUUUGUUUUGUUUUUUCUUAAAAAAAAGAAAGAUGUCUGUAAUAAUUCAAGACCAAGACUUUGAAAGACCGCGGAAAGACCCGAGAUAAAAAAUGCCUUUGACUACUAUAGUUGCUAGUAAGCUUUGUCGAAGUUCAUAGUAAUUAAAAAAGAAAGAACAAAAUGGGUUUAUCAACUACUUUUGAUGUUAUAGCUUGUGCUCCAUAUUUUUGUUUCUUUUUGAAAGUUAUGUGUAAUUUAAAUAUUUGAUUAUUAAUUA